CUGUUUUCUUUGGAAGAUUCCAUUAGUAUGUGGAUUUGUUGAAAGUUGGUAAGUAUGAGCUGCUUCGUUUCCUUUAUGGUGAGGCAGAUCAUGCUUCACUCCUUGGAGAAAUGCUUCCAUUCUGGAACUUUGCUCUGUGCUCCUUAUUCUUAAUGAAGGGAUUAGGGUUUCAAAAGAAAGUUUUGGGAUGAUUGGUAGGGUCUUAGUAUUGAAAUUAUUGAGCACCCACUGCUGUUUCAGAGCGGGUCAUCCCAUUUCUGGAAUAUUUGGAUUUCCUGAUAAUAUCAAAGGAUUUUGCAGGGGAGGAUUGUGAAGUUCAGUGUUUGAGCAGCUUAAUUAGGAGUUUAUGAAUGAUAUUUGUACUUCUGAGAACUUGAGCUGUUAAUCUGUUGAAAUUUUCUUCUUUUAUUUGGCAUUGUGGUACAUGAUGUGGUAGUCUUCAGGCUUAUCAAAGUUUAAUCAUGGAGGAAAUGAAGAAUUAUGGCUCUGCGAAGGAAGAAUAUGACACAAAAAUGCUGGAAUACAGUUGUGAUGCUAGAAUUUUUCCUCAUGCUCAAGAUAGAUAUUUAUGGAGGAGCUUUUCAGAAGAGCAGGAAGAUUUGUUAAAUGAGACACCACGGAUGUCUUACUAUAAUCCUAGCUUACAUCAAAAUCUAGAGAUAAGACUAAGCAAUCAGCAUUCCUUCCAAAAGAUGGCAUCCGAUUACAGUUCUUCUAGAUCAACUGUUUCAAAUGAAAUCCCAGAUCCCAUGACUGUUACAGAGCUUGUGAAGGAGAUUACGACUCUUGAGUUGGAAAUUGUCCAUUUGGAGCAGCAUCUUUUGUCACUAUAUCGGACCGCUUUUGAUUAUCACAACAAAGACUCCUCCAAUAUAUCCAGUGAAUACUCUAGGCAUUCUUCUGGUGGAAUGCUUAAAGGAAAGAACACAAAGCUGAUGGUGAAUCAUGGAAAGAAUGGAAUUAAAUCAGAUCCUUCUCUAGGAGAGAGCAAUUACAAUAUCAAGAGCAUUGAAACGGACAUUAACUUGAAGCUAUGGCAUAAAGAAAGUUAUAGUGCUCUCCAUCUACCAUGUGAUUUGGAAAACAUUGCUAAUCAUGUUCCAAGAGACGAGCCUGAGAAGAACAUUCUGGAAGUUGGCUCAGAUCAUCCAUGUGAUAGAGAUAUGUUCAGAGAAACUUAUCUGGAUCCUGCUUCUAUGGUUCCUUGUAAACUUUCUGAAAACAUUUUAAGAUGUAUUGCUGCUAUCUACUGCAAACUUGCAAAUAUACCAAAAGCCCAGAAAGACAAAGUGGUUUUGCAUGCUUCUUCAUUCUCCUUUUCAAGCACAAUUUCUCAACAAAGCUCUGGUGGAAAUUGUAGUCCAAGAUACCAACAUGAAGCUAUUGCUAGUCCCUCACUUUCUGAAGUGCAGAAAUUCGAAGAAGACUUCUAUAGCGACAUGAUCGAAAUUCCGAGGAUCAGCAUUGAUGGUGAACGAUUUGGUUAUGCUUCCAAAAUGUUGAGCAUUUUCAGAAUCUUAGUUAAGCAACUCAAGUCAAUUGACCCAACAAAGAUGGCAAAUGAAGAGCAGAUUGCUUUCUGGCUAAAUAUUCACAAUGCCUUGGUUAUGCAUGCUUUUUUGGCAUAUGGUAUUCAUCAGGGUCGCAUGAAAAGUAAAUCAUCAAUUCUCAAGGCAGCAUAUAACAUUGGCGGUCAUUCGAUAAAUGCUUAUGUUAUUCGAAGAUCAAUCCUUGGUUGUCAGCCCAAUUUUAAAGCAUCAUGGAUUGAAGUGCUCAUAUCUCCAACUUUAAUGUUCAAGAAAAGGCAUCAGAGACAUCUAUAUUCUCUUGAUCACCCACAGCCACUUGCUUAUUUUGCAUUGUCCCAAGGAUCUUUCUCUGAUCCACCUGUGCGAGUUUACACAGCCAACCAUAUUAUGCGAGAAUUAGAGCUUGCGAGGAAAGAGUUUAUUCAGGCCAAUGUAAAGGUUCAAAAUAAAACCAAGAUCAUUUUCCCAAAGAUAUUAUGCUACUACAUGAAAGAUUGUUCCUUUCAGAUUGCCAAGCUUCUUAAGAUGGUGAUUGAGUGCAUGUCAGAGACUGUUCAAGGUGCCAUCCAUGAAUUUCUGAAAGGAAAGUAUGAUGACUGCAUCGUUUGGUCCAAGUACAAUUCUUCAUUCAGAUACUUGAUACAUAAAGAACUAGCCAGGCAGUAGAGGUCUAUUCAUCAAGCUUCUUCUAUCUAAAGAGAUUGUACAGAUGGUUCUUAUACACUGUCCCAUAAGGAAAAUCAAAUUGUAUUAUUUCA